AUGUUCAGACUACCACUACGGGCUGCCGUAGAGCUUCUAUCAAGCAGAGUUGAACAGCUCUGUCUCUUCAUUCACGAAAGUGGAUUGGAAGCCCCGCCUAUGCCACAAGAAAAGCACACGGCUCUGGCUAAAGUCCUUGAUCUUCUUGGUUUGACUGAAGUUCAUUCAGCUGCAGGAAACAAUCACACUAAGAACAAAUCUCCCAAUCCCAACUCCCCAUCUGCGACAUCCGGUCUACCUUCUGAUGCACCAAUUUCUGUGCCAUUCUCCACUGCUGAUAUAGCAAAUGAUUUGAAUAGCACUUGGGCCCAUGCAUCGAAAUCCCCGGAUAACACAUCGCAAAAUUUCCUGUCGGGUUCUGCAAUGCUUUCGGAUACCCAUCCUGUGUCGACACUGCCCAUGACCCUCGACACUGGAGAUCUGGACAUCUCAAUUGCAGAACAGUAUCAACCGGUGGAUGGUCACUCGGAUCAUUCAUUGGCCAACUGGGACUGGACCUUGGAUUUUGGAACAUGCAUUACACCACCUUCUCCAGGCAUCCAAGACAUCGACAUAGAACCACUACAGUCGCCCGGGGAGCAAUUCGAGAGAAGACCUGAGCCGUUUGCCGCCGUUCAAACCCCACCCAACCUCAACAACGAUACUAGGAGCGCAGAAGAAAUUGAAGACCUUAUUGAUGAGCUUUCAGAUCGGAUGGGCACAUUGCGAUUUGGCCCUGGAGGACGAGCUCACUUCUAUGGCCCGACAUCGACCUUCAACCUUGCCGAUGCUCCAGUGUCUAUCAACGCGCAGAAACAGGGUCCCGUCGAUUAUUCCAAGGACACAGAGUAUGACAGACAAGUCCCGUUAUCUCUCAAGGAGCAUCUCCUCAAUCUCUAUUUUACCUGGCAAGAUCCAUCGUUUCACGUCGUCGACCGAGAAAUGUUCGAGAAAGGCAAGAUAGCCUGGGAUGGGAGGGAAGUGACCCCGUUCUAUUCCGAGACACUCUGCUGUGCAAUGUGCUCUCUCGGCGCUGCUUUUGAAACCCGUUACCACCCAUCCUUUGUGACGUUCCCGAAGUCUCUCGGUGAAUUCUUCGGGGACCGUGCAAAAGAGCUUCUAGAAAUAGAACUAGACUCUCCAUGUGUGGCAACAGUCCAGGCACUAGUCAUCUUAAGCAGCCAUGAAAUUGGUGUGGGCUCAGAUACACGUGGAUGGCUAUACAGUGGGAUGGCCCUUCGACUUGCUUUUGAUCUUGCCUUGCAUAUUGACCUAUCCCCCUAUGUUGCUCGUGGGUCUGUUACCGCUGCCGACGCUGAGCUGCGUCGAACCGUCUUUUGGGUUGCGUAUAUGGUGGAUCAUCUUGUCUCCUUCUACCUGGGAAUACCCUUUUACACCAACAUGGAGGAUGUGACAGUGCAAAAGCCCAACGAUGACGCUGACUACCGAGCACCUUGCAAAUGGACGCCCUACGCAUCUCCCAUUCCAUUUGACAAUAAUUCGGGAUUGAAUGACUGUGUAGGAGCUGUCAGUCGACAAGAAAUCUCACUAUGUGAGCUUAUGGCACCUUGUGGCUACUUCCUAUAUGGAACAUCAGGUAUUCCAAGAGCCUUGCUCCAACAGCUUAAUGCAAAAGUUGUUGCUAAGCUUCUCAAUUGGAAAGCGCAAUUGCCCUCAUUUUUGCAAAUCGACCUCAACAAUCACACUUCUCCUUAUCUUCCGCAUGUGCUACUACUUCACAUGCAAUAUUACCAGAACCUCAUCUACAGCCAUCGACCCUGGAUGUCAAAAGGCUACCUGCAGCCACAACCCCCAAAGGGACCAGGUUCCACGCACGCUCGAGAGAUGUGCAUCAAUUCCGCCAUCUCCAUUGCCAAGAUCCUUGUAUUAUACGAGACCCGAUAUACUCUCCGCCGCAUAAAUGUCAAAGCCGUCUCAAUUACCUCCUCCGCCGUGCUCCUACUCCUCUUCGCCGCCGUAUCCCAAUACCAAACCCCGGAAGGAGAGAAUAUCAUCGCUCAUCUGAGUACCUGUUUCAGAGCCCUUGAUGAGUUCUCUCUAUCUUGGCAGAGUGCCAAUCGCGCUAAAGACCUCCUGGUAAGGCUCCAGCAUAAAUGGGACACCCGCACACGUGCUACCAAGCCGGACCGCGGACCCGAUGGGACUGGUUACCCGCCAAGAAUACGGUCACGAACACUUAAUGGAUCUGGCGCCAUAAUCCCUGAUCGUGGAGGACUUACAAAUGCACAGCCUGAGACGAGUGGUUUUCCGCUAGAGUCUGGGUUGGGCUGGAAGCUUAUGCUCAACGGUCAGCUGCCAUCGGAUGGGGACUAA